AUGUAUCUUUUAUGGCUUUAUUUAUUCAGUUUUAUUGUUUUUAACUUGUGUGUAUGUAUUAAAUUGAAUAAAAUCCCCGUUGGAAGCGACCCGGACGGCCACGCUAUCAACUCGAGAAACAACUAUCUAAAGGGUUACGCUGGACUUGGGUUUGACUUAAUCGUUGGGAAUCCUUUUAAUAAUUUCAAUGAUUUGAACACUUUCGGUUUGCGAUCCUCCAUAAUUGCUCAGCCUGUUGUGAGAAUCGAUGAGUUCGACAACAUUUUUGUUGAAGGCAACAAACGAGUCUGGUACAGGAGCGUCGUUAAUUGCUAUCAGGAUUUCGAGCCUCAUUUAAUUGACAAUGAGAGUGACUUGGUAAAGGACCUUUUUAACGACUUCUCUCUCGACAGUCCCUUCAGUGAGGAACUUUGGCAGCGCAAUGCCAGAGGCUUAGACGUUAAGAACUUCGUUAACAGCGACAGCAAGUUAAAAAUUCUAAAGUCCUACUGCAGCCUAUAUGAGACUGGACUAAUCCUGCCGUACAACGGGUCACUCUCCAAAGACUUUCGUGAAGGCGUUAAAAAGUUGCCAGACUCCGUUGAGCGCGCUUCUGACUGCCCUCUAGACCUCUUCAUUACAGAGCCAAAAACUGACAAGUGUAAAAAUAUCAGAGCCUGGAUCAACUUCUUCAAAGUUUACGGAACUCAUGUUACUACAUACGUACUGAUCGGUGGCAAGUUUAUAAACAUGGAUAGCGCCGUCAACAUUAAAUUGAACGAGAAAGUUGACAAGAGCACUUCCGAAAACGCCACCCAAACCACUGACAUAUUCCAGCGGAAGGUGAAGGCGAGUAAGCUGAAGAAGAACAUGUGGAUAAUUGGCGGCUACUUCGUGGAAGGCCUUGAAAGAAUCAACUCUGCAUCCUUUGCCACGUGGGUCAGAACAAUACGAAAUAGAGCCAUGCCGAUUAAGGCAAAAUUUUCGGCACUAUCUAUUUUCUUUCCAGAAAAACAGCAGGCCUAUUUGAGUUCGUUAAAAUAUUACUCCGAAUUGAUGGGAAUCGAUAGGCCAACAUGA